AUGGAGCCAGAAUCCAUUGAAAUCUGUCCUUACAACCCUCACCACCGAAUCCCACUCAGCAGACUCCAGUACCACCUGGCAUCAUGCAGGAAGAAGAACCCCAAGAAAGCCAAAAAGAUGGCCAGCUGUAAAUACAAUGCUUGCCACGUGGUCCCCAUCAGAAAGCUGGCUGAACAUGAAGCUACUUGUGUCAGCCGAAGCUCCCUGGAGGAAGAGGACACGCUGAGCCCUCUUCACAUUAGUCUCCCAGAGCCGCAGACUGAGGACACACUACCGGUCCGUUGGCUUUCCAACCCUGAUAUAUGGAAUGUUGACGGUGCCAACUCUCACCCAAUGUUCGUGCUUAAGAGUUUUGUUCCCCAAAAACUUGUUUGUGAAAGUGACACACAAGAGUCACAGAGAGGAGACCAAACCCCAGAGGAUCCUCGAGCCAGGACCAGGAGGGCAAACCUCUAG